GAGCCGCCAUGACAUAUCCAGCAAUAGGAACUGGCGGAGUAGCCACGGUUGUUGGACUUGCCACUGAUACCGAAGAUUUAAGAGAUGCUGGACUAAUCGUUCUUAGUUCAGGAGUAGGAUGCUACGAAGUAAUUCAACCUCUUGAACCCAAAGUAUAUUAUGAAUUAUCCGAACGAGAAGGAGCCUAUUAUGAUGCUCCCUGCCAUUCCCUUUAUACCGAAAAAAGCAUGGUGAAAAGUUGCUUACCAACCAAAACCGAGAAAGGCAUUAGUUAUGGUCUUGGCCCAAGAAGCAUUAAAGAUAAAGUUGAUAAAAUAAAAAACGAGCCUGAUUUUUACGAGAAUUCUCCCUUUCUUACUCUGGCUAAGGAAUUAUUAAAAUUAGUUAAAGAAAAUAAAGUUGAAGUAAUUUUUUUGUCUGCUUAUGACAAAAGAGUUUUUCCGGAUGGCGACCCCCGCAAAAGAAAAAUAUUCAAGGAAACUUUUGGCAGAUUUUCUAAUUGCUCAUUGAAUUUACUGGGAUUUGAUAGCGAGGGUCAAGGACAAACAAAGGGAGAAUGA